AUUAUGGCCAUAAUUGAAUUGGUCGCGAAUACGCCUUUCCUUCCCAAUUUCCAAGGGUGCCAUGUCUAUAUCCCGUUAGGGUAAGCCGGAAAAUAAAGACCUAGAAACAAAAUGCCCGAUUCGCUCGCGGCCUUCCGCGGCACGACCCGCCAGGAGCUUGUCUAUCUGGGGCGGGAACAUCUGAAGCAUAAUCUCCAGCAAUCGGACCGUGAUACCCUGAAUUCCGCCGCAUCGAAGCUAGCAACACACACUGCCGUCGGUUCUGUCGUUGGUAUUGGGCUGGGAAUAUGGUUGGGUUUACGGGUCCGGCGAAUGCGGAUGAAUAUAUUCAAUACAUUCAAGGUUAUGGAGAGGCCCACUCAUGUGCAGUUUGUAAGCGGCAGGCUAGAGCCGGUUCCUGAUCUGAGCCCUCUGCUUCGACCCACAAUACUCAGCGACAUGGCGAUGUUUACAUUGUUCGCAGCUGGGGGGUUGUUUAUGGGUGGAGAAACGGGACUUGUCACUGGCGUUUAUUCCGCCCGGAGGACAAUAGGGAAGGACCCUGAGUCAAAGGAGAGGAUCCAGCGUGCGUUUGAGAAACUGAGAGCAGAGAUGCUUCGGCGACAGGCGGAUGCGCUUGAUGGCGGCCAGUCGGUUUCUGAAAAAGUGACGGAAAUAUUUUAA